UUUUAUUUUGACAGUUGUCGUUCCGACAGCAAGAAGAACACAGUGCUUGCGUUGUUUCGUGUAAAACGAAACGUUUCGACUAGCCCCAUUGUUAAUGAAAUCAGCUGUCAAAUAUCCAAAAGAUUAAAUAAAAACAUUUAAAGAAUUUAAUUCAGUGCCUGAGAUUGUGUAUUUUAUUGUUAUUGAAGACUGAAUGUAACGCUUACCACCAUGGGGGUUGUGUUGUGCAGUUAAUAUUAUUUGUGCUGUCAAAGUAUAAAAUCAAAAUAAUCUAUUUCGUGUUUGAAAUGUUCUUUAAUUAAAAAUAAAAUAUAAACAUUGACUCUUUAAAUCACAAGUGUUCAGUGAACAUAUUAUUUCUAGUUUAGGCUAAACGUUUUGUUAAACGUCGUCUUAGAUAAUAACAUUAAAGUCCAAAAUGUCUAAAGUGUCUUUGAGCAAUAUUCCAUCAAAUCCAAGAAUAAAUCGCUUACGCACAUUUUCCAGGACUGAAAGUGAAACGUCGUGCGAAGAGGCCGCGCGGCUGACCGCCGAAGGGGCAGAUGACGAUGACGAGGCUUACGACUAUGGGGAGCUUCCACCCCCACCAGACGGUGGCUAUGGCUGGGUGGUGGUAUUCGCCUCUUUCAUGUGCAACCUCGUGGUUGACGGGAUUGCCUAUACCUUUGGCAUCUUCUUGUCGGAGCUUGUGACGUUCUUUGGGGAGGGAAAGGGCACGGUUGCGUGGGUCGGAAGUUUGCUGUCUGGAGUUUAUUUAGCGGCUGGUCCCGUGGUAUCAGCAUUAUGUAAUAAGUUUGGAUGUCGCGCCGUGUGCGUCGCCGGCUCCUUCGUCGCGACCAUAGCUUUCGUCCUGUCUACAUUUAGCAAAAGCGUGACUAUGAUGAUGAUCACGUAUGGACUUUUAGGAGGAAUCGGCUUCGGAAUGAUCUACCUCCCGUCCGUAGUAGCAGUGGGCUACUACUUCGAAACCCGCCGGUCCCUAGCUACUGGUAUAGCAGUAUGCGGGUCGGGGGUGGGAACAUUUUCGUUCGCACCCCUAGCUUCAAUUCUGCUUCAGGAAUUCGGCUCCUGGCAGAAUGCGAAUUUGUUGCUAGCUGGUUUAAUUUUGAAUUGCGCUGUUUUUGGAGCGCUGAUGAGACCGCUUGUUUAUCCUAAGACAUCAGGUGAAAAGCCACUUCUACAAAGAAUGGCUGAAGAGAAAAGAUUGCAAAUGGAGAGAGGCUCAAUCGGGGGAUCCUAUUUCGUGGUCCAGCUACCAGAUGGUACUAUGGAGAAACGAAUGAAGCAGGCACCCCUGAACAUAGACCCUGGUGUACACUCGUCCCUAAACCUGGAGGCACUUGCCCGCGUGCCCACUGUGCCCAACAUGCCCAAUGUGCCCACUGUGCCCACACUGCCCACUAUCACUGAAGUUAGAGUCGCUGAUGAUACACAGGAGAAGAAGAAGAGUGAAAACGGCACAACCCCAGUGAACCCAGCCAGCCACAUGUCGCGCAACGUUUCGUCUCCCGCCUUCAGUGCACAAGCGCCGGGCUUACCAAAGAAUGGCUCCGUUCCCUUCUUCGACAGACAACGGAAACAGAGCACAGGCGAUAGGUCAGAUAACGAUAGAUUUAAACCGUCCUUAGCUGCUAUCAAAGCUACGUCCAAAACUUCCAUUGGCAGUCAUCUAAGGAACGAAGACACAGAAAGCGGAGUAUACAACUCGAAGCUAUCAGUUGCCGCGCCGAAAGAACCUUCUAGAAUGGUCCGACCGAUGUCCAGGAAGGAUAUCUUCUACUCCGGUUCUGUGUUGAACCUACCUCAGUAUCAGAGCCAGAAAUCUUUGCAAGGAUACAGGAAUUCCGUAUUGAGCCUGCCACAGAGUAGACAAGCUGGCGAUUUGGAAAGACAAGAACAAUACGACCUCUGCCCCUGUCUAAGCCUGCCCGCAUCAUUCAAGUCCGCAUUAUCGUCAAUGCUUGACGUGAGCCUGUUACGUGAUCCGGCCUUCAUGCUUAUCGGAGUGUCUAACGUAUUCGGAAUGGCCGGUUUAUAUGUACCCUUCGUGUAUAUCGUGGACGCUGCUGUUAUGAAUAAAGUUGAAGAAUCAAAAGCAUCGUUCUUACUGUCGAUUAUCGGUAUAACGAACACGUUUGGACGUAUCAUGUGCGGUUGGGUGGCCGACUUCCCCUGGAUGGACUCGCUCUUGCUCAAUAAUAUAUGCCUUGUUAUUGCUACGAUAUCAGUAGCUGUGAUUCCGUUCUGCACAACAUAUGCGGCCUAUGUAGUGGUCGCCAUUGCUUUUGGACUCGCUAUCUCGGGCUACAUAUCCCUAACCUCGAUCAUCCUAGUCGACUUACUCGGUCUAGACAAGCUAACCAACGCGUUUGGUCUGCUCAUCCUGUUCCGUGGUGCGGCCGCCAUAGUGGGCUCACCGCUGGCUGGCGCAGUGUAUGACGCUACUAAGAACUAUGAUGCUUCCUUCUUUAUGGCGGCUGCGUUCUUCUUAGCGUCGACUCUGACGUCAUUCGCAGCACCUAUGUUCCGCCGCAAACCAGAAGAAGCACCACAACCGCUAGACGUGCUCACACCGAUCGACGAGGAUCUAGAAGAGGAUGAGGAUCCAGACGACACUCCUAUCACUAUGGGAGGGCUGGCUCGGGCCCCUCCUGCCAUUACUCGCACUGCUCCCUCACCCUCUGACCCGCCCUCACCGGAACAAACUGCUGGGUUAACUAGGGAAAGUGUUUUGUAGG